CUUUUCAAGCUCAAUCCACUUAAAACAUCCAACUGCAAACUGCAAGUCGUAGUUGUAAAAAAUGUCUCACGGACAUUCACAUGGGAGUGGUUGCGGGCAUGAAGCUCUUGGCAUCGAUAACGAACUAGAAAUGGGUUUAGCGUACAGUUUAUACGAAAAAAUUGAUCUUUCAAAUGUGGAGUGCUUGAACGAAGAAGUGGAAAACACGGGCAAAAGCGUUUUCAAAGCUUACAACGAAAGAUUGAACUAUGAUAAGUUUGUUACCAGCGAUGCAGAUGAGGAACUCUUAUUCAACAUACCCUUCACAGGGAACAUAAAGCUGAAAGGAAUAAUCAUUAUUGGUGCAGACGAUGAUUCCCAUCCCAGGAAGAUGAGAUUGUUUAAAAAUCGUCCGAAAAUGACAUUUGAUGCCGUAGACUCCACACCGGAUCAAGAAUUUUCGUUGCAGAAGGAUACCAGCGGUUUAAUUGAAUAUCCAACAAAGGUUGUCACAUUUGCAAGUGUACAUCAUCUUUCGAUACACUUGCCGAGCAAUUAUGGCAGCGAUAAUACUACGGUGUACUACAUAGGCCUAAAAGGGGAAUUUAGUGAAGCACAUCAUCAUGGCGUUACGAUCUGCACCUACGAAGCACGAGCAAACGUUUCAGAUCACAAAGGAAACCUUUUCGAUUCAGUGAAUCAUCGUGUUCAAUGAUACGCCACUUUGGACACAUGGAUAUCAUCCAAUUGCUGUGCAAAUACAUCUGUUUAAAAGCCCCUGAUACGGUUGAACUCCUUUUAUAAGAAUUCUAUGAGUUUGUUUCGAGUAUCGUACAGUAGAGUUAAUUGUAGAACUUCGUU